GUAAAACUCAUUAACCUGUUUAUGCCAAUACCUGGGGUAUUCGGCAUGGCAAGUGUUGCAGCUGCUAGGAAGUUAGAAUGCAAAGACUUGCAUGGAUAUUUAAAAACACUCCCUCACAGUAUCCUUGAUAAAUUGUACAAUCACCCGGCAACCUGUCUUGCGGUAUUUCGACAACUUCCUCAGCUAUCCAAACAUUAUGUUAUGCGAAUGCUUUUCAUUGAACAACCAGUAUCUCAGUCUGCUGUUGGUUUAUGGGUUACCAAUGAACAUAAUGAGGAACACAAAUAUGCUUCCAAAGUUUUAUCUGAUCUGAGAGUGUGGCAUGAACAACAAAUGCAAGGGGGUCUGCUGGGCUGGAUUCUGAACGAAACAUUUCGCUCCAAUAUGAAAGUAGCCCUGCUUGGAGGAGGACUGGAUUCCAAGAUUUCUGGAGGACCUCUACCCCCAGACAAACACGCCAAGGACAUUCCAUUUUUAGAUAAAUAUGCUCUGGAAAGAUGGGAGUGUGUUCUCCAUUUUAUGGUGGGGUCCACAGAGGGGACAGAGGGAGUCAGUAGAGAUAUCAUUGAUGUUCUCCUUCAUGCUGGACUCAUGACCACGGAUGGUGUGGACCCUCUGCCGUCCAUUACUCCGGCUGGUUUUCAGUUUCUGUUGAUGGAUACAGGAUCACAAGUCUGGUAUUUCAUGCUGCAGUAUUUGGACACUGUUGAGAGUCGUGGUAUGGACCUUAUAGACUGUUUAUCCUUCCUAUUUCAACUUAGUUUUUCAACAUUAGGAAAA